CUCUCUCUCUCUCUCUCUCUGUCUUUCUCUCUCUCUCUCUCUCUCUAUCUUGCUUUAGUCUCCCACCAACUCCCAACUUUCAACCUGUUCGAUUCGGCUCAGCUCGACUCGCUCCGGCAUAGCCUCUUGCACCGAGUCACGCUACGCGUGAUGCGCGAUAGUUUAACCGUCGCGCCAGGACGGUGCAGUAGUUGAUACUGGUUGAUACGUGUAUAGGCGGACUCCGAAAUGGCAGUGAUCAGCAAAUUCGCCACUAAGCGCACGCUGGCUGGCGCGGUCGCGAUCAGCACGUUGAUAUGGAUACUGAGGAAUCGUAGCAGGAGACGAGCACCAAAGACCAGGAACCAGUGGCCCAUCAGCAACGACAUCCAGUAUAUCAUCAAGGAGGAGAAACCGAAGAGCCCCAAGGCUCAAGUGAACGCCGUCUUCUUCCGCAAGCUAUAUCAGUUACUCAAGAUCGGUAUCCCUGGUGUAAUGUCACCAGAAUUUGGCUAUGUUCUUCUGGUGGCAGCUGCCCUGAUCACUAGGACCUUGUGUGAUCUGUGGUUGAUUAAUAAAGCAACUCUGAUAGAAACAUCGAUUGUCAGCAUGAACGAACCAUUAUUUAGGAAUCACUUGUUAAAUUUUGCAGCUGCGAUACCAGUGAUAUCGAUCGUGAAUAAUGUAAUGAAAUAUGGCUUAGGCGAAGUAAAAUUAAGAUUACGUACAAACAUCACACGUCACUUGCUGGAAUAUUAUCUUAAAGGCUUUACCUAUUACAAAAUGAGUAAUUUGGACACUCGUAUCUCGAAUCCGGAUCAACUCUUGACCACUGACAUUGAUAAGUUUUGCGAUAGCUGUACAGAUCUUUAUAGCAAUAUAGCAAAGCCUGUAUUAGACAUCUGUAUCUAUGUAUAUAAAUUAACUUCUACCAUUGGUGGACAGACGCCAUUAUUUAUACUCUCCUAUCUGGUAAUAGCUGGGACGUUUUCGACCCAUCUUCGCAAACCUAUCGGAGCUAUGACUGUCAAAGAACAACGACUGGAAGGGGAGUAUCGUCAUAUAAAUUCAAGAUUGAUCACCAACUCGGAGGAAGUAGCCUUCUAUGGAGGAAAUAACAGGGAAAAAUUAACGUUGUUAGCUAGCUUCCACAAACUUGUGACUCAUCUUCGUAAAUUUCUGGAAUUCAAAGUUUUCAUGGGCAUCAUAGAUAACUUUGUUGCAAAAUAUUUUGCUAGUAUUGUCGGCUUCUACGCGGUGAGCAUACCCUUCUUCCAGAAGAAUCAUCCUGUGCUCUCCGGCACAGCCAAUCAUAGAUUCAAAUCGUACUACACGUACGGCCGAAUGCUGGUGAAGCUAGCCGAGGCGGUCGGUCGAUUGGUGUUGGCCGGCAGAGAACUGACGCGACUGGCGGGAUUCACAGCUCGGGUCACCGAGAUCAAGAAGGUCCUCGAUGACCUGAACGCCGGAAAAUAUGAAAGAACGAUGAUUUCCGAUCACAAGAACAAUACGAUCGGUUAUCCCGGUGGCGGCAAAAUUGUGCCGCGCGAUAACAUCAUACGGUUCGAUAAGGUACCAUUGGUGACUCCGAACGGGGAUGUACUUAUCAAGGAACUGUCCUUUGAAGUGAAGUCCGGGAUGAACGUGCUGGUUUGCGGUCCGAAUGGUUGCGGCAAGAGCUCCAUGUUUAGAAUUCUUGGAGAACUGUGGCCGGUCUGGGCAGGAAGUAUUACGAAACCACCGCGCGGUAAACUAUUCUACAUACCGCAACGUCCUUAUAUGACGCUGGGCACAUUGAGAGACCAGUUCAUUUAUCCCCACACGAAAGCUGAGAUGAAGAGACGCGGCAAUGCCAAUGAUGAGGAUCUCAAGAAGUUCUUGGAAUUGGUGCAAUUGACUCAUCUACUGGAAAGAGAAAAUCUCGCUAACAGUGAAGGACAAGGUUGGGAUGCGGUCGCCGAUUGGAUGGACGUUUUAUCAGGUGGCGAGAAACAACGCAUAGCGAUGGCUCGGUUAUUUUAUCACAAACCGCAAUUCGCAAUUCUGGAUGAGUGCACGAGCGCCGUCAGCGUCGAUGUUGAGGAUUCCAUGUACAGAUAUUGCAGACAGGAAAACAUCACGCUGUUUACAGUCUCGCAUCGUCGUUCCCUCUGGAAGCAUCACGAGUACUAUUUACAUAUGGAUGGUCAAGGAAGCUACGAAUUUAAGCCGAUCGAACAUGACACGAUUGAAUUCGGAUCGUGAAUUCUUGCGUCCCUUGCACACGCGAGAACGCAUCUGCUUGCAAGGGACAUCUAAUUUAGCCUAUUUAACAAUUUUACUGUUAAACAAAAUUUAAAUAACAAAGACUAGUGAUUAUUUAUAGCUGCACCAUUUAUGAGUGUUAAAUAUAAAAAUGCAUAAUAAUACAAGAUAUAGCCACAGAAUAGUGGUGGAGUAAAAGCAAAUGACGCGACCAUUCUAGAGUCAUUGAUUUUUUCAUACAGUUAAGUCUUUGAACUUGCAAUGCAUAAUGGCUUAGUUUAUAUCGAUAAACUAUAAUAUUAAAUACUAUACUGAUCAAUCACAGCCAUUCCAUUUUUUGGAGGAAUGGCUGUGAUUGGCCAGUAUUUAGUACGUAUUAAAAUAUAUCGGUAUAAACUAGAUUAAUGAUAUAUUUUUCUACCAAUAUUCUUAUGAGGUACAGUAAUAUAAUUCUGGAAUGCAUCACUUGGAGCUUAGAAUGUCUAUGACAUCUAUCGUCGUAGACAUUCGUCCUAUGUGUAUGAUACUUUUAGAUCCUCUGAUCCUUAGGUCUUUAUGCAGUGUAAUUCUGUAAAUAGAAUAUAUUUACUAGUGCAUAGAUUUGCAAUACAAAUUCAACUUAUCAUUGAUUGAUAAAAUUAGUUAUUAAUUACCAGUGAUUAAUAAAAUUUUUUGUAUGUGAUAAAUUAUUGAAGUUAAGACUUUCCAUAUUAUAUUUGCUAGAUAUAAAUUUGUUGAAAAGUUUUAUUGCAAAAUGUAUAAAAAUGAGACUGUAAGUUCAAAAUGUAAUCUUGUCAGUUUAUUGAGAGUUGUGUAUUAUAUCGGAAAAGUGUAUAUAUACAUAUGUAUAUGACAGGAUUUAAUAUAGAGUUUGUUUUUCGUAAGAUUACAAUUAUUAAUAUUGUUAUAUGUAUAUAAAGGUUACAUAUAUCAGUCCUGAAGAAAUUAUUAUAAUAUGAAGAAAAAUUUAUUGUAGCUCCAGAGCAAAUUAAGAUUGGUCAGGUACAAAAAAAUAUUUUGAGGAACGUGAAAUUGUGAUUCUUUUUAAUACUUUUUUUGCAUUACAAUUGUAAACUCUUUCCUCUCUGCUCCAUUUUAAUACAAAUUAGACAAUAUCAAUAUUUUUUCUAUAUAUUAUAUAUAUAGCAAAAUAUUUAAAGAAAUUAUUCUUAUAUUUUUAUUAUAUAUAUAAUGUAUACAACUAAAUAGAAUUAAGAAUUGGUGCACUCUAUGCAAUAACUUUAUUUAUAUAAGAAUCUACUCUGAAAUACUUCCUGUUACAUUGAAUUAUUUUCGGAACUCAUUGAAAUAUAUUUUGAUAUUUCGAGAGUUCUGGAAAUCAGUGCUUUUUUUUAAGGAAAAUUUUUAUGGAAUCGAUUAUCAGAUGUGAUGAUAUUUUAUAAAAAAAUAAAGGGGUUUUUGUAAGUUAAAUUCAAACGUGUAAAUCAUCAAUAAUUUUCUCUUAGUUAAGAGGCCAGAUCCAAAUUCAUUAUAAUAAAAACUCCCCACAUCGCUUUAUUAAGAAAUUUCAAAUGAAUAAUUUAAAAAUAUCAAUAAUAUCAAUAAAUUCAAUUUUAGUCAAUUUGUAUAAAUAAAUUAUUUUUUAUAUCAUUGACAUUGAGAUUAUUUUUCAAACUUUAUCUAAGAUAUUUUUUGUGAUGCUUGAGAUGUUUUUUAUACUAUCAAAAGAAAGAUAUCGUUGAAGAACAAAAAAAAAAGAAAAGUAUAAAAGUAUAAUUAUAUAAAAGAGAGAACAAAAUAGAUCUUUUUAUUAAUAUAAAGAAUUCGUGCUGUUGUAAAUUUUUCUUCGUUUUUUGCGGAUGUUUUUUUUUUUUGGAAUACAAAAUACAGAGCUUUUUCUCUAAUAUUGUACUUAUAAAUAAUUUUGAAUUCUCUUCUAAUAUCUAUCAUCGAAUGAAAGGUGCGUGAUAUUCUUUUUUUUUAUUUGUAAAUAUCUGUCUGUAAAUAUUUUCCAUUUUUUACUCUCUUUUCCCGAAUAUUUUAUUUCCAAGGAAAUUUUUGAAAAUUGCCAUACAGCUCGUAGUGAUGACGAUACUCCAUCAUUAUAUUUAAAUCAUAUUGGAAUAUCCUCUCCAGAGUAAUUGUUCUUAGCAUUCUUAAUUUGGAGAUAGUCGCGCCAGGUUAAAAAAACUUGAAAGAAUGGCACCUUUUUUAAAUAUUACCGUAUUAUAAAACAGUAUUCAUUUUAUUAUAAAUAUAUAUUGUUCAAUGGCAUACUGAUAAAAAUUAAAAAUGACCUAAUCAGAAAUAGAAGGUGAGAAACGUUGAUUAGAUUGAUCAAUUUUUUUUUUUAAUCAAAUGCAAAAGUUAAGUAAAAAAUGAGAUGAUGUGAAAAAGAAGAUAAGAGUGACAGACAUGGCAUUUAAUUUUUCUCAUAACGUGUUAAAAUAACAUUAACAAAAAUAUUUGAAAUGUUUUGAAAAAUAUUUCAAUAAUACUCAAAAAUAUCAUAUAAAAUAAUAUGUUUAAUAUUUAUAAAAUAUAUCAGAGAGAGAGAGAGAGAGAGAAUGUUACAAAAAUUUUCAUAAAAUUAAUAUUUUAAAAUAUUGAUCUAAACAAUAAGAAUUAUUGUUUUGAUUGUAUAAUAUAUAGCAAAAGCAAUCAAAAUUAAAAAAAAACACAUUUCUUAUAUUUAUAUGGUUUGAAAAAUUGAAUAAAUAAAUUUCUGGAUUUCUGAAAAAAGAAUUAAAGGAUUGAAAAAUAA